AUGGAGGUUGGGGAGGAGAUUCUCCCCACCACUCAGUGGGGGGAGAGCUCCUGCGUCCCACACAGAAGCAGCACACCGUUCCCAGCUGACUCAGGAAGGCUUGGGAUGCCGGGCCCCCGGAAGGCCGGCAUGGAGGGGAACUCGCCUACGGAGAAGAGAAGAGCCGUGAAGGGCACGAAGCAGCACGGCAGGAACACCUGUAGGAGCAACCUCCCUGCAGAGAGCGCCGAGCCCAGCACCGACCAGCCUGUCCGAGCGGCCUUGGAGCCAGCGCGGCUGCGAGGGGAACUGGGCAGGGCCACUCACUCUAUUCUGGAGGGCAAGGUGAAGGCUCUGAAGGAGAAGAGGUCGACCAUUAAGCAGGGAGGAGCGGUGUCCCAGGAACGGGCAUCUCUGAAGAAGCCCAAGGCCAGGAAAGGGAAGCUCGCGCCAGGUCCGGCAGUGGUGGAGGGGGUCCCCCAGGACGCGGUGGUGGAGCCGCGGGCUCAGAUCCGCACCUACUUGACGGACGUGCUGCUAGACAGCCGUGACGAUGUGGACUUUGGGCAGGGUGCCAGGGGGCCUGUGGCUGCAGACCUUUACGCCAACAACGUAGAAGCUCUGAAGGCGCAUAGGACAGUGGGAGGAGGCAGUACCUUGGGCUGCGGUUCAGCUGAGGAACUCUGGAGGCUUCCAAGCCCAGGAAGGAGCAUACAGGAGAAUGCUGACUACUGCUCAGAAAACAGGGCCCAAAGGGGCUCCCCAAAUGGGCUUUGGGGCACCAGCUCCACUAGGAAUCCUCCCUCAAGCAGCCAGAAAUCUUCCCUUGAAGACCAUGGCAAACCAGCCCCCUUUGGAGAAGAGCUGGCUCAGGCUAGGGACUCGGAGAGCCUCCCCCUGGCUCAAAAGGACGAUCUGUGCGGGGGGUUAGCCCCAUCGGGGCGGUUGUGGAGGGCGGAGAGCUGGGACAGCCUGGGCAGUGCUGCGAGUGCCGCCAGCGGCCUGUCUCUGGCUGAGCAGGUGGAGAGGAACCGGGCCGUGCUGCAGGAGAUGCUGAGCCUGUCGAGGCAGAACCGCUCUCCUCUAGAGCCUCAUCGCUAUGCGAAGGAAACGCUCAUGCUAGCGAAGGAUGGAGCCGCUCAAGAGCUGCUGGUGAAUGACCUGGACUGGGACUCUGGGGUCUCGCUGCAGGACUCAGAAGGGUACAGGGCCUUUGUUCCCACUCAGGAGCUUGAGCUGAGCCCCAGGCAUGAGCAGGCCAAGCAGCUGCUGCAGAGAGCCCGCAUGAAGGCCAGGACGAGCCCUCUCCGAGCCAGCCACGACAUCCUUCCUGCUGUUCCCCAGGCCAGGCGGGAUGCCGGCAGGAGCACCGCUCCAGAUCUGAAGAAGAGCUAUGCUCUGAGGGAUGGGGAGGCCCACGCCAGUGGGAACCUGAGUGACUCCUCCAGUGGGGAAUCCAGCUGCGGGCAGCCCAGGAAGCGAGGGCCGUCCCCAUCCCGUGUGCGCUUUGAGGACGAGUCUCUCCGGGAUGCCGAAGUUCGCUAUUUGGAGAGGUUGCAACUGCGCCAGAAGCGGGUCUUGGACUCAGUCCUCUUGACUCUGGGCCAGAGCCCGCUGGUCUCCAAGCCAGACCUUUCAGAUUACAUCAACGGGGACUUCCACCGCAAGGAGAGUGGGGUCAGUAAAGCCUGCAAGGAGCAGCAGAACCGUGGGCAGGCUGCAGGGACAUCCGCGCACCUGGCCAGUAGGGGGCGCUCUGAGAAGGCUGGGCCCACUGCGCUGAGUGCAGAGGGGAAGUGCAGAGCCUGUGGCUCCUACCUCAGGGGCUCAGCAGCUAAUCAGAACAUGGACCUCAGGGCUGAUCAGACUGUUAAGCCUCUAUCAGAGGGCCACAGUGUAACUCAGGAAAACAAAAUAAUCAGCACCGAGGCUGAAAGUGGGGAGCCAAGCGCUUCCCAGCAGGAGGUGAGAGGAAGGACUUUGGGCCCGAGGGGGUCUCCCCUCUGGAUUCUUCCCUCCUGGCAGCGCGUUCACACGGAGCGGAUCAGGGAGACGUACAUCGGGGAUGUCACGUACAUAGACGAUGUGGACUCGGCUCUAGACAGCACCGACACGUCUGACAGCUGCAGGACUGACAGCGAAGAGGCUGGGCCAGGGAGCUCCCACCCCCAGGGUUACCAGGAUGCCAGAGGCUGCUGGCCUGGCAGGCACCAAGCUCCUAGGGGAACUCGUGCUCCGGAGAAGGACCCAAGGGGCAGGAAGGCGGGGCAGGAGGAGUGCAGGGUGAAUGGUGGCAGUGGAGGGACCAGGGUCUCUGACAACGUGCUUGGUACUGGCAAGGCUGUCAUUGGUGAGAACGUCAGUGAGGAAAGAAACUCCAGCUUGAAGGACACCCUCGUGCUAAAAGAGGGUCAGGUGACCACGCCAACAGCCAAUGGGGUAGAAGCACUUUCCAAAGGUGACCAACUCCCAGCUGCACCUCGGCUGGCUGGGAAGAACAGUGGCCGGUGUGAUGCAGUGUUCGGCCCUGUCCAGCAGGGGCAUGCCCACCCUCUGCCCCCUGCCCAGGGUCAGCCGUCAGCACAGUCAAUCCCAGGCAACAGAGGCACACUGGAAAGCUCUGCCCCCGCCCCUCAGCCAGCCAGCAACUUCAGCCAACCCAGACCGGCAACAGGCAUCUCCCAACAACAAGCAAAGCAGGGGGCACCAUGCUACAACUUGCUGGCUCGGGUCCCUGCCCCACCGCUGACUGGGAAAGCUUCCUCCCUUGUGCCUUACAGGAAGGCCGUCCUGACGGGUAGCUACAGGCUGACAGGCCAUGAAACUGGGCGCCUGGACCAGACCAGUGACCUGGUGACUCGGCCCACUUCUCCUCCCGGCAAGUGUGGGUCUGUGCCGGAGGAGCAGAACAGCCAGCACAGCCCGAAAGUGCUUUCCAAGAGCCGACUCCUGGCCUUGUCCACCAAUAACUGCAACAACACACAGGCCAAGCGCCAGCAUGAUGGCCAAGCUGCUAGCGCAUCUCUGAGCCACGGAGAGCGGGCCAUGAGUGUCCAGAAACUGCCUGCUUCCUUGGGAGAGAGUAAAGGUCCAUCCUCAGCAGCAGCUCCCUCUGCUGCUCCCAGCGCCGUCAGCUCAGUGGGCAUCACCCUCUCCCUGGCAGCUGAGGAGACCGAGCCCACCCAGGCUGGUCGAUUACCCAGUGGGGAAGUGCCAGUGUCUGGGUCACAGCAAGCAAAGCCGUUCUUGGAAGGGAGCAAACCGCUGGAUGCCCACCCAGAGCCAAAGAAGCCGUCGGCCUCUGCAGCAAGCAGGAAAGGAGGGGGCUCUUCCGCAUCGGGGCUGAAAAAGUUCUUCUGCACCCUCAGCCAGAGCACCAAGCAGAAACUGGGCAGGUUCCGGUGCUACAGCAUGCAUCAGAUUCCUGCCGAGGCGCCAAGCCUGGCUCCACCCCCAAGAGCCAAGGCAGAUGCCACUGAUUGCUCUAAUUUGAAGAAAGCACCUUCCCUGCAGUCACUGCGCCUGGUGUCGCCCUUCUGCCAACUGAGGAAAGCCUCUUCGGCACAGAACCUGCAUUCUCUCCUGGGCAAGGCUGACCGUUCCAGCUUUUAUCUGGAGGGCAAGCCAGGGGAAAGCAAAGCAGCUGACAGGAAAGCAGGUGCCCCGCCCCGGCGUUCCCUCAGCGUGGAUGACAUUGGCGCCCCUGACUUGGUGCGAACAGUCGGGCGGGUAGUAGAAGUCUUCCCGGAUGGAACCAGCCAGCUGGAGCUGCAGCGCCCCCCACAGGGCACUUUUGGAUUCCGUGUCUCCUCAGGGAAUGGUCGACCUGACACAGGCAUCUAUGUCCAGGAGAUGGCAGACACCAGCACAGCCAAGCUGUACGCAGGACUCCUUGGAGUGGGGGAUGAGAUCCUGGAGGUGAACGGUGCCAAGGUCACCGGGCUUGGCCUGGCCCACAUCAGCGAAUUGCUGUUAUGGGCCGACACCCUGUCCAUCCGAGUGCUCAAGCAGAGACCCACCAAGCGGUAG